CUUGGCCAAGAAAAGAAAUAUCCAUUAGUGUGUUGAAUGCAAAGCAGUUUCCGUUUGGUUGCUCGGAAAGAAAACUCGUUCACAGAAAAUCGAGGAUGAGUGCGAGCAGUUUGGUUGCGGAGACGGUGUGGAAAAGCAUCGACUCAAGUCGGUCAGGGACAGUGACGGAGGAGCAGCUCUCGAUUGAAAUGCACAGCUUGAAUUUCUUGUUCGGGAAGAACUUUGAGAGAGCGACGAAGAUAGUGGAUCAAAGAGGUGUCAAGAAGAUUUCCGGUGAGCCUAGCGGUCGCUCUGUCUUUCAGGUUGUGGGAGAAUCUAGGAGGAAGGAGGAGUAUUUGUGCUUCCCUGAACACUAUUGCGCUUGCUAUUCAUUCUUCUAUGACAUUGUCAACAGAGGAGAACAACUUAGUUGUAAGCAUCAAUUGGCUGCAAGACUUGCUGCGUCGCUGGGGAUAUGCAUUGAAGUUAAGGUUCCGGAUGAGCAGCUAGCACAGUUACUUUCUACAAUCUGACUACUCCGGGUUGAAGCUAGUUUCUGAAUUCAAAGAUCAAAGGCAAGUGCCAGAAAAUUAUAGUUCAAAGCCUUUGUCACGUUGGGGUUUUGCAUGAAAGGCCUCUAGCUCCCGGACGCAACAAUACUGAACUUGUUAAAGCAUAUUUGGCAAAUUUUGGAUGUUUGUGAUUACGCUUUCUUGGACCUCUACAGAGUUUGCUGACAAUUUGUACAUACAAUCGAGGUGAUUGUGAAGAAAUUAUGU